AUGACGGCGAGCGAGCUCGACAUCGACGAGGAGUACAAGAGCACCCUGAGGACCAGGUCCUAUCAGAACAUGCUCAAGGAGGUCGGGGAGCAGCUCCGUAGGCUCGGCAGCCCCACCGUCGCUCACGAAGAAGAAGAAGAAGAACCAGGCGAGGAAGAAGACGCUGCAGAAACGGAAGGAGGAGAGGAAGAGGAAGAAGAAGACGACGAGUCUACGGCCCCUAGUGCCCAUCUGCCGAGAGAUUUUCUAGUGCCGGCGGAACUCGACCGGCUUGUGCCCGCCGACGGGGAAGUCCGGCUACGGGGCCUCCUCCGGGACUACCUCGACAGCGGCCUGAGGGCCUCCGCGUUCUGCUACCAGCUACUCGAGUCUAUCGCCGGCGCGCGAGCCAACCACCGCGCCGUGCAGCGGAUCGUCGAGCAACGCCGUGGAGCGCUGUGGGACCUCGUCCGCAUCGCCCGGCUCGACAACCCGUUAUCGCAGCCGAGGUUGUCCGACUUCCUGCGCCACCACGGCAGCGCCUACGCCGCGCUCACGCCCCGUCUCAGGUCCCUGCAGCGGGGCUUCGCGGCCUUCAGUAGGACGGCGCGGGCGCGGCGGCGCCGGAGCUCGCUAGAUGCGGCGGCGCGCGGCAUCUACGGGCUCCACCGCGAGUUCGACACCGUGGGCCGGCUCCUGGCACGGCUCAACGACGAGAUCGAGCAUGACCGGUGGGUGGCGAAGACCCUCCUCCGCGGCGGCGGCUACCUCUGGGAGGAGGCCGCCGGGGAGCUCCGGGCGGGGGAGGACCGGCAACUCGAGCAGCUCCAGGAGCUCGAGGAAAGGGUCCUCCUCUGCCUCCUCACCAUUACCAGGGCCUGGAAGCUCCUGCAAACCCAGGGCCUCGUCUCCCCUUCAACCAGUAGUAACCAUUGA